UGCACAUUUUUUCCUCCUCUGUUUUGAUCACGCAUGCGUGGGGAUUAUACAUUUCGCACCGCGUCGACCUGACAUGACUGCCGCCGCCGCUCGCCGGGUCUAGCCAAUGGUUCCUGCGGGGGCUCCUCGCCUGUGGAUCACCCGUCGUCGCCGAGCCAGUCGCAUGGUCGAGCCCGGAGGAGGGCCCCCUCUGCUGGGUGUGGAUGUGAGCGAGGCACCGCCGGACCUCGAGUGCUGAACACCGGAGGAUGAUGCUCGCGCUUCGUCGGCAGUGGGCGAACUGAUCGUUGGAUGUUCGGGCCACAGCAGCCCCCCCACCGACACACACACACACACCACCACCACACUCCAUUUCCUCACACGGAGAAAAACAUUGAAUUGCUUUAAAAGCUGGACGCCCCUGGAGCAGUUGAUGACGACCCUGGUAGGAGCGUGAUGAGCGCGCGCUUCCGCUUGCCUGCUGGCAGAUCCUACAAUGUCCGGGCGACGGAGCUGGAGCGAGACAGGCCGCACACACAGGUUGUGUGCAACAUACUGCUGCUGGACAACACUGUCCAGGCGUUCAAAGUCAGCAAGUCGGACCAUGGCCAGCUGCUGCUGGAUGCUGUCUUUAAGCACCUGGAGCUGACUGAGAGGGACUACUUCGGGCUGCACUUGACUGAUGACUCCUCCGAUACACCGCGCUGGCUCGAUCCCAACAAGCCCAUCAGGAAACAGUUAAAAAGAGGCUCUCCCCACAACUUGAGCUUCAGAGUCAAAUUCUUUGUGACAGACCCGGGCAAACUUCAGGAAGAAUACACACGAUAUCAAUAUUUUCUCCAGAUCAAGCAGGAUAUAUUAACUGGAAGAUUGCCCUGUCCACACAACACAGCCGCACUGCUGGCGUCCUAUGCUGUUCAAUCUGAGAUAGGAGACUACAGUGAAGCGGAGCACAGUUCUGGCUAUCUGUCCGAAUACUGCUUCAUCCCCAACCCCCCACAAGACUUCCACAAAGAAGUCGCCAAACAUCACCAGCAGCACAGCGGUCUAUCUCCUGCCCAGUCAGAGUUUAAUUACCUGAACACAGCACGCACGCUAGAGCUCUACGGGGUAGAGCUGCACUAUGCAAGGGACCAGAGCAACACGGAGAUUCUCCUCGGGGUGAUGUCCGCUGGCAUUGUGAUUUUCAAGAACAGGGUACGGAUCAACUAUUUCCCAUGGUUGAAAAUAGUGAAAAUCUCCUUCAAGUGCAAACAGUUCUUCGUCCAGCUGAGAAGAGAGGCGACCGAGACCCGGGAGACGCUGCUGGGUUUCAACAUGGUCAACUACCGGGCCUGUAAGAACCUGUGGAAGGCCUGCGUGGAGCACCACACCUUCUUCAGGCUGGAGCGGCCCAUCCCGCCACAGAAGAACUUCUUCGCUCACUACUUCACGCUGGGCUCAAAGUUCAGAUACUGCGGGCGAACAGAGGUGCAGUCUGUGCAGUAUGGGAAGGACAAGGGCAUCAAGGACAGAGUAUUUGCCAGGUCUCCCAGCAAGCCACUGUCCAGAAGGUUGGUGGGCGGAAUGGACUGGGAGUCGGUCAGCAGGAACAGCCUAUCAGAUGAGAGACUGGAAACCCAGAGCCUGCCCACCCGCUCGCCGCCUGGGACGCCCAAUCAAAACUCGCUGUUUGUCCAAGACGGCACUCGGUUACGCCCCUCGUCUGUGGGACACCUGGUGGACCACGUGAUUCACGCCUCACCCAGCCUGCCUGUCUUCUCCUGUAAUCACAAGUCCGCCUCGUCCACGCAGGCCAACAGCAUCAGCCUAGACUCCACACCGUCUCCGGAGGGGCUAGACGGUCUGCCUCCAGCUUUGCCUCCCAAGCAGCUGAGCAGGAAGACCUUGAGCCAGAUCAUCCAGGCCCACUCUCAACAGAGCCUCCUGGACAACCACCUCAACGAGAUGUACGACGUCCCCGUCAACGCUGACAAGACCACGCUGAAUGGAGUCGUCCCUCAUGAUAAUUUGGUCCUAAUCAAGAUGAGACCCGACGAGCACGGACGAUUCGGCUUCAAUGUGAAGGGUGGAGCUGACCAGAAGAUGCCUAUCAUCGUGUCGAGAGUAGCUCCGGGAACACCAGCGGACCUUUGCGUGCCCCGCCUCAACGAGGGCGACCAGGUGGUCCUGAUAAACGGGCGGGACAUCUCUGACCACACCCACGACCAGGUGGUCAUGUUCAUCAAGGCCAGCUGUGAGAGCCACUCUGGGGAGCUCAUCCUAUUGGUCAGACCCAACGCCAUCUAUGACAUGGUGGAGGAGAAGGCGGAUUCGGAGCCAGAUUUCCAGUACAUCCCUGAGAAGACCCCUCAGGACCCCACCCAGCUCGACCAGCAUGCUCUGAGGGACUCCAUGGUAGCACUGAAGGACGGCCUGAGCGGCGGAGCCAUACUGGCCCAGUUUGAUCAACUGUACAGAAAGAGGCCGGGGAUGACAAUGCUGUGUGCCAAAUUACCUCAGAACGUUUCCAAAAAUCGCUACAGAGACAUCUCUCCUUAUGAUGCCACGCGGGUCAUUCUGAAAAACGCAGAUGACUACAUCAAUGCAAAUUACAUCAAUAUGGAGAUUCCAGCCUCCAGUCUGAUAAACCGCUACAUAGCAUGCCAGGGCCCACUGCCCAACACCUGCCCUGACUUCUGGCAAAUGACCUGGGAACAAGGCUCGUCCAUGGUUGUCAUGCUGACUACGCAGGUCGAGAGGGGACGGGUAAAGUGUCAUCAGUACUGGCCCAACCCCGACAGCACCACCACCUACGGAAACUUCACAGUCACGUGCCACAACGAAGAGGGCAACUCUGCCUUCCUGGUCCGAGAGAUGACUCUUGCGAACACGGAGAGUGAGGAGGAGAGAGAGCUGACCCAGAUCCAGUACCUGGCGUGGCCUGACCACGGCGUUCCCGAUGAUUCCACUGAUUUCCUGGACUUCGUGUCGCUGGUUCGGACUAAACGUGCCGGACAGGACCAGCCGAUGGUCGUGCACUGCAGUGCGGGAAUUGGUCGGACGGGGGUUCUCAUCACCAUGGAGACGGCAUUGUGUCUAAUGGAGUGCGGUCAGCCAGUGUAUCCUGUAGACAUCGUCAGGACUAUGAGAGACCAGAGGGCCAUGAUGAUACAAACACCUAGUCAGUACCGCUUUGUGUGCGAGGCCAUCCUGAAAGUCUACGAGGAAGGUCUGGUCAAACCACUCAUGACCGCCGUCUACCUGCAGAGAGAGAAGGUGACUGACGAGAGGGGGGGGGAGCAGCAGAAAGCGACAGAGGAGAUGGACGAGACGAUGGAGGAGGACGAGGCGGCCGGGGUGGAGCUGCUGGAGGGAGAGCUGGACGAAGAGGACGACGAUGACGAUGACGAGGAGGUGGAGGUGCUGGACGUGGGUGAAGUGACAGAAGAUGGGGAGGAGGAGGAGGAAGAAGAGGAGGAGGAGGAAUUGGAGGAGCCGAGCGUUGCGAGCGCCACCAGCAUGACCAGCGAGACCAGCGUGAACCCUGAGGCCGACUCUGCUAACCUGUGAUGCUUUGACCUCCAGGGGUCGUCGGGGGGUCACCAGGCGUGCAGGUGGUCGGAGUGGAGAACAAAAAGCACUGUUGCACUUUAUGCUGAUUUAAAAUGAACAAAAAAAAAAAAGGACAAACAAACAAAACGUGAAAAUCAAGGACAUGUUAGAAUUUUUAAAAAAAGAAAUCCAGCUGUGUUGACUAGGUACCAUUAGGGAAUAUCGUCUGUUCAGGGUAUGGAGAAAAAAAGAAUACAAAGAACGAGAAGGUAAAAGUACGAGAGAGUAAAAUGUGGACGGGGAGUUGCUGUAGUGCCAUAAGUAUGAAGGGGAAGGGCCACCCCCCCCCAAGGAUGGAUGCCCCCCUCCCCUGCCCUUUUCUCCUCGCCCUGUCCCCUUCUCAGCGAGUCUGCCAGACGGACCUGCCUUUUUUUUAGUGUCCUUUUAGCUGAUAAAGAGAUAUACCUUAUCUUUUGUUCUUCAGAAAGAGUAUUUAUUGUGUUUUAGUUUGUGUCAAACCCUGUCCACUGAACAAAAAAGUUGUAUGUUUUGUUUGUACGAGUCUACGGCUUCACGCUUUUCCUGAUUAAAUCUUAGGUAGUAAAGUGAUUCCUCUUCUUCUAACUACUUCUUUAUUUCAUUUUUUUUUUAAACUUUUUUGUGGAGAAAAAAACAACAGUGAUUUAAUUUAUUGUACUAUUGUUUUUUUUUGUUUUUUUUUUAUCUUUCUCGGCUUUCUCUCGUCUGAGUUUGGGACGGAUGGACGGCGCCUCGUGCUUCACCUCUGGAGUCGGAUCCCUCUUCCUGCUUUGUGCUGUGUUCUGAUCUUACAGACGCUUGUGUGCUCUGAAGUGGCCGUGGUUUGCUGCGGUGAGGAGUUGAGCUGGAGUUGAGCUGGUUUACAAUCCUCAGGGCCCGUGUCUCCUGGGCGCCUCCCUGUCAUAUCUCGUACUAGCCACAGCAUGACUGUACGCUGAGCUGGACAUUGUUCAUAAUCUUGAGAAUUGAUCAAUUACUUCAUGAUAUC